UGUAGCCGUUGAUAAAAUUGAUACCAUUGAAAACAUGUACAAGCAGGUUGACGUCUCUCCAUUCAUAAAUCAUACCAAUAAAGUUUUUUCAUAAUUCGAUUAAUCUGGUUUUUAUGCCUAGUAAGUUGAAGCGUUUACGAGCUGUUUGAGUUGUUCAAAUUAUCAUGUAAUUGACCAACACUGAACUAACUCCACUUCUCAAGCCAAAUUUUAACUUCAAUAUUAUUUUUGUGCUAUUCAUAUUUUAAAAAGACAGAUUUGUAUUCGGUUUUAUCUUUUUAUCAAAAUGAAAGUUUCGAGUUUGUCAAAAGCUGCAGCACCUGCGUUGUCCUGGUGCACUAAGUUCACACGUCUUAAUAUCCCCACUUUGUCUUCCAAAGAAGUUACUCUCAGCAAUAUAUACCUCAGGGACAACUCACAGUCCACACGCAGUCAACACCCUACAAGUCAACAACGUCUGCACCUCAUAAAGGACAUUGACCUUGAAGUGCAUCCGGUGGACGUCAGACUGACAGGCGACGCAAGUGGAUUCAAGGUCAUUUGGUCGGACAGAGACGAGAGUUCAUAUGGGUUCGACUGGAUUCGAGAGAAUGUCCUCAAAACUGAAUUGAGAUCCAACAUAAGGAAGGAACCCUGGUCGAGCCGAGAAAUGAGCAGAGAGAAAGUAUCCUUAGAUUACAAAGAUGUUCUGAGCAACACCGAAGCUCUAAGGAAAUGUUACGAGACCAUUUGGAAGUACGGCUUGUGCAUCCUCAGGGGUUCACCAUUGGAGCCCAGAGGGGUGGUGGAUAUCUCCAGACUCAUCGGGGACAUCAAGAGAUCACGGGAGUACGCGGAGGCAGACAGCAGUGGAGAGAGAUACUUCGAACUGAACAGCAGGGAAGACAAAGCACACUUCGAUCUCGGAUACUCCGAUAAACCACUGGGCAUGCACACAGACAACUCGGACUUGGAGUUGCCGGCAGGUGUUAUCGGUCUGCAGGUGGUCAAACAGGCAGAGAGGGGAGGGGACUCUGUGUUCGCAGACUGCAUCAAGGCCGCAGAUAUCCUCAGAGCAGAAGACCCCACAGCUUUUCACAUUCUGACGACGUGGCCAGAGUGUGCCCUUUUCACGUCAGUGGGGAUAUCGCCUGUGAUCGAACUGCACUCAACUAGCUCUGCUUCAAUUUUAACUGGCCACACAGAUGUGAAGAGGGUGAAGUUCUGUGAGUUUAGUCGGUCGCCCUGGCAGCCUAUGAUCUCUCAGACAGACAUGCCACAAUGGGUUUUCCAGACACUUCUGGAGCCCAGCAAUAUAGUGCUGUUCGACAACUGGCGACUGGUGCAUGCCAGAAGAGCUUUCAUGGGAGAGAGAACUAUGAUAGGCUGCUACAUUACCCACGAGGACUACAUCUACAAGGGCAGGCUCAUAGGCGCAUUCUAG